CAAAAACUAUAAGCACUCCUGGUCUCAUAGGAACCCAGUUUCGCCAUCUUAAUCUAAGCAAAACACUCCGUACUGCUUCUUCCGACAUAUCAUCAUUCGAUUUUCUUCUUCGCUCCAAUUCCUGUUCCCACAUACACAGGUAAUCGGUUCGGAGAAUUCGGUUACAAUGCGGAAGAGGCGUGAGAAUGCUCCACCAGCAUCCAAAGGGUCAAGCAGUGGUGAUGCAAGUACUGAAAACUCUACUAGUGGUGGUCCUGAAGUUAACACGGUUGUUCAUGUUGGAAACUCAAGGAGGUCUUCAUAUGUGUGGCUGGCAUUGUUCUUCAUUAUCACUUAUUGCUGUUCAGCCAUUUAUGAUUACCAGUUUCAGAACAUGCCUGUGCCUCUCACUGUAGAGCAGGCUGGCAAGAGGGGUUUCUCUGAGAUUGCAGCAUUCAACCAUGUCAAGGCCUUGACUCAGGUGGGCCCUCAUCCUGUUGGUUCUGAAGCUCUGGAUCAAGCUUUGCAGUAUGUUUUGGAAGCUUGUCAAACUAUUAAGAAAACAGCUCACUGGGAGGUGGAUGUUGACGUGGAUCUUUUUCAUGCAAAAUCUGGUGCAAAUCGGCUGGUCAGUGGCUUAUUUACAGGGAGAACACUUGUUUAUUCGGAUCUGAGUCAUGUUGUUGUAAGAAUCGUGCCAAAAUAUGUAUCUGAAGCAAAAGAGGAAUCCAUUCUUGUGUCGUCUCAUAUUGAUACUGUUUUCUCAACAGAAGGGGCCGGAGAUUGCAGUUCAUGUAUAGCUGUUAUGCUGGAACUUUCUCGUGGAAUUUCACAGUGGGCUCAUGGAUUGAAGAAAGCUAUUAUAUUCUUAUUUAAUACUGGUGAGGAGGAGGGUCUUAAUGGUGCUCAUAGCUUCAUAACACAGCACCCUUGGAGUAAAACUGUUCGUAUGGCUAUUGAUCUAGAGGCCAUGGGCAUUGGAGGGAAGUCUAGUAUUUUUCAGGCUGGUCCUCAUCCAUGGGCUAUUGAGACCUUUGCGUUAGCAGCGAAGUACCCAUCUGGUCAAACUAUUGCGCAGGAUCUUUUUUCUUCAGGGGCCAUAAAAUCUGCAACAGAUUUCCAAGUGUACAAAGAGGUUGCUGGCCUUUCCGGGCUUGAUUUUGCAUAUGUUGAUAACACUGCUGUAUAUCACACCAAGAAUGACAAAUUAGAGCUUUUGAAGAAAGGAUCUCUUCAACAUUUGGGGGAGAAUAUGCUUGCUUUCCUGCUUCAUGCUGGUGCAUCUAAUUUUCCAGAAGUCAACUCAACAGAAACAGAGGAAGAUAGGAGCAAUAACAAUGCCAUAUAUUUUGACAUUUUGGGAACAUAUAUGGUUGUAUACCGUCAAAAGUUUGCUAAUAUACUUCACUAUUCAGUGAUAAUGCAGUCACUUCUAAUAUGGACUACAUCAUUGGCUAUGGGUGGUAUACCAGCUGCCGCUUCAUUGGCGUUGUCAUGUUUGGGCGUUCUCCUCAUGUGGGUGUUUGCCUUAGGUUUCUCCUUUCUUGUUGCCUUUCUUCUACCUUUGAUAUCUUCAUCACCAGUGCCAUAUGUAUCAAGCCCGUGGUUGGUUGUUGGAUUAUUUGGAGCACCAGCUUUUCUUGGAGCCUUAACUGGUCAACAUUUUGGUUAUUUUCUACUUCAAAAAUAUCUCUUGAAUUUAUAUUCAAAGAGAAGGCAGGUUCCCCCCAUUCUUCAAGCUGAUCUUGUCAAGCUGGAGGCUGAAAGAUGGCUCUAUAAAGCUGGAUCCUUUCAGUGGCUUAUUCUUCUCACUUUGGGAAGCUAUUUUAAAAUUGGGUCUUCUUACUUGGCUCUUGUUUGGUUAGUUUCCCCGGCAUUUGCAUAUGGGUUUUUGGAAGCAACACUAGCCCCAGCCAGGUUUCCCAAGCCGCUCAAACUGGCAACCCUACUUCUAGGCCUAGCCACGCCAAUUUUAAUUUCUGCUGGUACUUUUGUUCGGCUGGCUGCUACUAUCAUAGGGGGUAUGGUACGACUUGAUAGGAAUCCUGGUAGUACUCCUGAAUGGCUGGGAAAUUUUGUGAUUGCUGCAUAUAUUGCUGCUGUUUUGUCUUUGACCUUGGUGUAUCUUCUUUCAUAUGUCCAUCUAUCAGGUGCAAAAGGGACAGUCAUCCUAGCUCCUUUGGUUCUGUUCACUUUAUCACUGGCACUCGUAAUAUCAGGUGUUGUUCCACCAUUUUCUGAUGACACUGCCAGAGCUGUGAAUGUUGUACAUGUUGUGGAUGCAACGCAAAGACUUGAUGAAAGGCAUAGUCCUGUAUCAUAUGUAUCAUUAUUUUCUACUACUCCUGGAAAUUUGAAUAAGGAGGUAGGACAGAUUAAUGAAGGUUUUGUAUGUGGUAAAGACAAAACCAUUGAUUUUGUGAGUUUCUCGGUCAAAUAUGGUUGUUGGACCUAUAAUAACACUGCGAGUGGCUGGAGUGAGACUGAUAUUCCUACAAUACACGUCGGUGGUGAUGCUAAAGAAAAUGGAAGAAUUACACAAGUGUCAAUCAAUACAAAGGAUUCUAUUCGUUGGGUUCUUGCCAUCAACACAGAAGAAAUAGACGAUUUCAAGCUUAAAGAUGCAAGCAAUUCUGAAGAACUGAUUUCAGCUGACAAAAAGAGUAGUGCGGAUGGUUGGCACAUUAUUCAGUUUUCUGGUGGAAAGAAUGCACCAACAUUGUUUGAUCUAACUCUUCACUGGAGGUCUGGUUCAACUCAUAGCCCUGAGAGUUCUCUAUUGAAACUCAGGACUGAUGUGAAUAGAUUAACACCAGUAACUGAACGAAUUCUUGAGAAGCUCCCUAGUUGGUGUUCUUUGUUUGGCAAGUCUACCUCACCUCAGACCUUGGCUUUCUUGACAAAUCUUCCUGUUAAUUUUUAAGUGUAAUCCUUAUGGCCAAAACAAAUGUGUUAACUUAAAUUUUGUAGUCAUAGUGUAGGGGGAUUCAAUCCUGAUUAACAUUUUUGUCUUGCUUUUUUGUAAAAAGGCAAUUAUAAUUUUAUCGUCAAUUAUGUUGUGUUUCA